AUGCUGAAGUCAAACAAGACAAUAGUGAUAGUGGUCCUGGCAGUUCAGUCCAUUGUUUUCAUGUGCUUCCUCGCUCAGCUUCGCAGCAGCUAUUCCCCGCAGGAACAGAAACCAGCUCAGGUGCACAUUCUCAUUCUCUCCUCCUGGAGGUCAGGAUCUUCCUUCACUGGCCAGCUCUUCAGCCAGCACCCUGAUGUCUUCUACCUGAUGGAGCCUGCCUGGCACGUGUGGACAGCCAUGUACCAGAACAGGGCCAAAACCUUACAGAUGGCAGCACGUGACCUCAUCAGGUCUGUCUUUCUGUGCGACAUGUCUGUGUUUGAUGCCUACAUGUCUACGCGGAGGAAUAAAUCUGAUUUAUUUCAGUGGGAGACCAGCCGGGCUCUGUGCUCCCCCCCUGCAUGUGACCUCUUCCAGCGCAACCACAUCAUUUCCAAAACUGCCUGCAAGACCCUCUGCAGCAGGUAUCCAUUCAGCAAGGUGGAGGAGGCUUGCAAGACCUAUAGCCACACAGUCCUCAAGGAGGUCCGGUUCUUUGAUCUGACGGUUCUCUAUCCCCUUCUCACUGACCCCUCCCUGAAUCUCAAAAUCAUUCACUUGGUUCGUGACCCCAGGGCUGUGUUCCACUCUCGUGAGAAAACAGUGGCUGCUCUGAUGCGCGACAGUAACAUUGUGGUGGGGCCCCAGAAGAACCAAGGGGAGAGUGGGCCAUACAAUGUGAUGCAAGAAAUCUGUAAAAGUCACAUCCGUAUUUAUACUGAAGGCAGCCAGGCCCUUCCCAGCUUCCUCAAAGGCCGCUACAUGCUGGUGCGCUACGAAGAUAUUGUCAACGAUCCCCUGGCGAAGGCUGAACAGUUGUACAAGUUUGCAGAGCUCCACUUCACACCCAAACUUCAGGUGUGGGUGUACAACAUUACUCAUGGGAAAGGCCUAGGGAUGCAGGCCUUUGACAUCAGCUCCAGAGAUGCAGUGAAUGUGUCCCAGGCCUGGAGGAAGAACCUGCCUUUCCAGAAAAUAGAAAAGUUGCAAAAUGUGUGCAAGGAUGCCAUGGACCUGUUGGGUUAUCGACUACUGAUGUCCAAGGAAGAACAGAAAGAUACGGCACUGAACCUGUUAUUUACUCAGGGCCCUCCGCCCGGUGACACAGGGAGCUGAAUGCAGAAAAUUUGCCUCCUGUUUGUCAGCUGAAGGCUGCAGAAUUCAGAACAGUGUGCACAAGUGAAAGUGUGUGUGCGUGUGUGUGUGCGCGCGCAUGUGUCCAGCGUGAUAAUAGCACCUGAAACAGAGCACAGUUGGAGGCAGUGAGAUCACGGCUAAUUUUCUUCCCUGCGUAACUCUGCUGUGCAAUCUCCACACUAAAAAUACAUUAAAGCAAUAAAUAAAUGACAUUAGGUUGGAAGCACCCUUCAAGGCCCCGCAGCAAAGCAAGCCUUGUUUUUUCUGAAAAAGUCCACAAUUUAGGAGGGACAGUAAAAGGAGAAAACGCAGCUGAGAGGGAACAGAACAUCCAACAAACAGGACCCAAAAGAGUCAGAAACCUCCCAGAAGGCCAAUUUAAUUAAACACCAAGAAAACUACAAUUAGCAGGUGUAUUCCUGGAGACCAGAAGGCACAGUGAGUGUACAGGUAGGGACCUAUGUGUCUGACAAAUUCCAUGAAGGAGUAAAUGAUGCCACAGGAGAAAUGGAUUUGGUUAGAAUUGAGUUUCUGGGUAGCUUCUUUUCUGAGAGUACUGAGCUUUCUAGUCCAGCUUUCUUUUUCUCCACUUCUGUGCCUGAGCAUCCACCACUGGUUAACAGUGUUGGAAAGUAUUGUGUUUGUUUACUGUAUAACACCAGUGUGGAACAGGGGACAAGAACAGCCAUGGCUGAACCAGUAAAAGGGAAAUCAGUUCUCUCUGGGUUUGAAUAGUCGGAUCCAUUUCUGGGAAUAUGUAAACCCACUUGUCCUAGUAAAAUAAUAAUCUUCUGAUCUUCAGAAAUAAUAAUUUCUUCCCCAAGAGAUCUCAAAGACAAUGUCCAAGACUGAGACCCCAGCCCUGUAUGAUCAGUUAUAGCCAAAGAAAUUAAAUACAAAAAAGUGUAUUAACACAAUGUUAAGGCUGAGAAUUUAAACACAUGAGAAUAUUCUAAAGGUGCUCAGAUUACACAGCGCUAAGCAUGGUGAAAAACUGGAAUGGAAUAGUUACGU